CUCAGCUGCUCCUCACCAGUCCUGCCCUCCAGACCCUUCCCCACCCCGUGCCCUGCAGCACAGCUGGGGGUGUAGAUGCAUCCCUAGGCUGGGAGUGGGACAGGGCCCCACAGCCCAUAGGCACAGCCACGUCCCCACCACAGCUGUUCCCCCACAGACAACGGCCGUGUUGUGGCUGCUCCCCCUGGGCCCACGUUUCCGCAUUGCCCAACUUCAGGGCCAAUAAAAGGCAUUGGGAGCACGGGGUGGGCACGGGGUGAGGAUGCUGAGCUGCUGGGUGCUGCUGCUGGCGCUGCUGGGGGGGGCCUGCGCCCUCCCGGCCCCCCUGGGCUACUCCCAGGCUCUGGCCCAGGCUGUGGACUCCUACAACCAACGGCCUGAGGUGCAGAAUGCCUUCCGGCUGCUCAGCGCCGACCCCGAGCCCGGCCCGAACGUCCAGCUCAGCUCCCUGCACAACCUCAACUUCACCAUCAUGGAGACGCGGUGCCAGGCGCGCUCGGGCGCCCAGCUGGACAGCUGCGAGUUCAAGGAGGACGGGCUCGUCAAGGACUGCGCUGCGCCCGUGGUGCUGCAAGGCGGCCGCGCCGUGCUCGAUGUCACCUGCGUGGACUCCAUGGCUGACCCUGUCCGCGUCAAGCGCGUCUGGCCGCUGGUCAUCAGGACUGUGAUUGCAGGAUACAACCUCUACCGGGCGAUCAAGAAGAAGUGAAACAUCCCCAGAGCCACUGUUAGCACUGUUCCUUUGCUGCCUUCCAUCCAAUAAAAGUCUUUUCUGGCC